GGCCCACGCGGUGGCACCCAGCGCAGCCUGGCAUCCGCCAGCGGGCGGACCCCACGCGGCUCCUCCUCGCGGCGGGCGGGACUGCCCCGCGUGCGGCCCCAACCCUAGCCUUGGGAAGCCCGGAUCGCGGGCGGAGCGCGAUUCACCGCGUGGGUGGAGUCUGUGACUGGAUCCCAGGGCCAAUCGCGCGGUGGCGGGGGAGGAGCUCCGGAGGGGGAAAAAGAAAGUGCGGCGGAAAGUAAGAGGCUAGUCGGGGAAGGCUGCCAGCAUCUGGCUUUCCUAGGUUCGGCUUGGACCAGGGCGCUGAAAGAGGCAGUGGUCGGCCACCCUGCAUCCAUCUGGUCGCUGUCGCCGAGCCUGCUGGGCUGGCCCGAUAAGGAUGGGACUUCUGUGGUAUUUGAUGAGUCUGUCCUUCUAUGGGAUCCUGCAGAGUCAUGCUUCGGAGCGCUGUGAUGACUGGGGACUAGAUACCAUGCGACAAAUCCAAGUGUUUGAAGAUGAGCCGGCUCGAAUCAAGUGCCCCCUCUUUGAACACUUCCUGAAGUACAACUACAGCACUGCCCAUUCCUCUGGCCUUACCCUGAUCUGGUACUGGACCAGGCAAGACCGGGACCUGGAGGAGCCCAUUAACUUCCGCCUCCCAGAGAAUCGCAUCAGUAAGGAGAAAGAUGUGCUCUGGUUCCGGCCCACCCUCCUCAAUGACACGGGCAAUUACACCUGCAUGUUGAGGAACACAACUUACUGCAGCAAAGUUGCAUUUCCCCUGGAAGUUGUUCAGAAGGACAGCUGUUUCAAUUCUGCCAUGAGAUUCCCAGUGCACAAGAUGUAUAUUGAACAUGGCAUUCAUAAGAUCACAUGUCCAAAUGUAGACGGAUACUUUCCUUCCAGUGUCAAACCAUCGGUCACUUGGUAUAAGGGUUGUACUGAAAUAGUGGACUUUCAUAAUGUACUACCCGAGGGCAUGAACUUGAGCUUUUUCAUCCCCUUGGUUUCAAAUAACGGAAAUUACACAUGUGUGGUUACAUAUCCUGAAAACGGACGUCUCUUUCACCUCACCAGGACUGUGACUGUAAAGGUGGUGGGCUCACCAAAGGAUGCAUUGCCACCCCAGAUCUAUUCUCCAAAUGACCGUGUUGUCUAUGAGAAAGAACCAGGAGAGGAACUGGUUAUUCCCUGCAAAGUCUAUUUCAGUUUCAUUAUGGACUCCCACAAUGAGGUCUGGUGGACCAUUGAUGGAAAGAAGCCUGAUGACGUCACAGUCGACAUCACUAUUAAUGAAAGUGUAAGUUAUUCUUCAACGGAAGAUGAAACAAGGACUCAGAUUUUGAGCAUCAAGAAAGUCACCCCGGAGGAUCUCAGGCGCAACUAUGUCUGUCAUGCUCGAAAUACCAAAGGGGAAGCUGAGCAGGCUGCCAAGGUGAAACAGAAAGUCAUACCACCAAGGUACACAGUAGAACUCGCCUGUGGUUUUGGAGCCACGGUCUUUCUGGUAGUGGUUCUCAUUGUGGUUUACCAUGUUUACUGGCUGGAGAUGGUCCUCUUUUACCGAGCUCACUUUGGAACAGAUGAAACAAUUCUUGAUGGAAAGGAGUAUGAUAUUUAUGUUUCCUAUGCAAGAAAUGUGGAAGAAGAGGAAUUUGUGCUGCUGACGCUGCGUGGAGUUUUGGAGAAUGAGUUUGGAUACAAGCUGUGCAUCUUCGACAGAGACAGCCUGCCUGGGGGAAAUACCGUGGAAGCAGUUUUUGAUUUCAUUCAGAGGAGCCGAAGGAUGAUUGUUGUCCUGAGCCCUGACUAUGUGACAGAAAAGAGCAUCAGCAUGCUGGAGUUUAAGCUGGGUGUCAUGUGCCAGAACUCCAUUGCCACUAAGCUCAUUGUGGUGGAGUACCGUCCGCUUGAGCAACCCCAUCCAGGCAUCAUGCAGCUGAAGGAGUCUGUGUCUUUUGUAAGCUGGAAGGGAGAAAAGUCCAAACAUUCUGGCUCCAAGUUCUGGAAGGCCUUGCGUUUGGCUCUUCCCCUGAGAAGUCUGAGCGCCAGCUCCGGCUGGAAUGAGAGCUGUUCUUCUCAGUCUGACAUCAGUCUGGAUCAUGUUCAGAGGAGAAGUCGUUUGAAAGAGCCCCCAGAACUCCGAAGCUCAGAGAGGGUGUCUGGAGCAGAGCCAGCCCCGGGCACGAUGUCCAAGCACCGAGGGAAACCCUCAGCAGCCUGUCGCUGCUGUGUCACCUACUGUGAAGGAGAAAGUCACCUCAGGAGCAAGAGCCGGGCAGAGAUGCACACGCAUCCCCAGUGGGAAACACACCUCUGUAAGCCUCCUCUCCAAGAGUCUGAAAGUCAGUGGAUACAAAAUGGCACCCGACCCGAACCCGCUCCCCAGAUCUCAGCUCUUGCACUCCGCCACUUUACAGAUUUAUCCAAUAACAAUGACUUUUAUAUCCUAUAAUCACUUUAUGUGGAGGGUGGUGGCUGCUGUUUCUACCAACUCUCUUUGGGUCAAAAACUUUUGGAAAUAAUCGACAUUUUAAAUCAUUUAAUAGACUAUCAGAUUUGUGUCCCCCUUUUAUUGAUUUUUUUAAAAAAACUAUUUAUUUCUAGGAGACAAAAGACCUGAAGCACCUGUAUCCAGUUAUUGCCUCUAACGGCCUUGGAAGAGCAAGCACACUCUUCUCGGGCCCUAGAAGGUCAGUAUGUAAAAGUUGCUUAGAGUCUGAUCUUGCCAAGGGAUUCAAAGGUAGCUAGGAACUGGUGUCUCCUUGUGAUGUGGGCCAGUAAAGAGUACUUCGGCUUUGACACUCAUUGAGUUUUUGCACCCAAAAGACCAGGGCUUUGACACUCACAGGAUGUGUCUAUCCCAAGGAGUGACUUGAAAGGGAGCAGGUUCUGGUAGACAGAGCUCAACAGCAAACCGCCAGCACAUUUGUGUCCCCAGGGACCAAAUCUUUCCAUAGGAAUCCCUGCUUCCCAUUGCCCCCUGUAAAUAGUAUGCUUUUUGUCAUUGGUCUCAAUAAAGGUAUAUUUUUAUGCCAUGCCUUUUGUACUAACAUAUUUUUAAUGUCCUCUCCUCAAUUUGCAUUUUCUGGCAUUUAUAUUCAAAUCCAGAGAACAUUACAUUUCAGAAAAUUGAGAUUUAAUAGGAAUGGUGAGGGAUAUUUGUUGUGGUGGUUGUUUUUUGUUUGUUUGUUUUGUUUUCUGAUGUGAAUUGGACCUCUAUAAGAAGUUGAGUUUAAGUAAGAAUCAUGUUUUGUUCAAAUGAUAGAAAAUUUCAUUGGCAAGGAACUGUAGGUAGAUUUUGGUGCCUGCAGCCGUUCUUCACAAUUCUGAAAUUAGAUGUUGAGUUCAAAUUCCUCCAAGGGCCAGAAGGUGAGAGAAAGGGGGAACAAAGGAGCAGAUGCAAGUCUAACACCCAUAGGCUUGAUUGAACACCAAGGACAAAGAGCAGCUUCAGACAAGUAGGGUCUUUCUGCAGUCAGUCACAUGCCAACCAAAGGUCCAUGGCACAUGGCCUUCAAGCCAGGACCUAUCAGGCACCCUUGAGCAUGCAGAUGACUAAAGAACACAUGAGUGUUUCCCCACCUCUGUUUGGUUGUUGCCACUGAAUCAGCUUCUGCGUGGCAACUUGUGCAAUUUCUUUCACAAGUUUCAAAACAUAAAUAUGUGAAUAUAUGUUUUCAAUUAAAUCCUGGCUUAAAUUUGUAAAAUAAAGUCAAAGAAUCAAAACAAACAAACAUUAAAAAAAAAAAAAACUCUCAGCUAAAGAAUAUAUGCUGAAAUAGGGGUCCAAGUGCCUCAGGCAACUGUGACCUGAGGACAACGCAAGUAAGAACAUAUGGGAAAUGUAUAUUCCUUCUCCAAGCUGAAAACAUCUGGCCUUCAUAAUAGUGUUGGUCUGAUGAAUCCUCCAGCCCAGGAAACAGCUGAGAAUCCUGUCUCCUCUUUCAGUUCCAUAUGUUGCCUGCUUACUCUAGGAAAGUUACAAGCACAAAAACCAAUGUUUCUAAAGAGAAGCAGAUCUAAAACCGUAGUAGGUGACAUUAGAUGGGAGGUGUCACUACGUUACAGCAGCCUCUACUGCUAGUGAGUUUGGCCCCGAGCCAGCCUCUCAAUCAAAGGCAAAGGAAGUGAUACAGAGUUAAGACAUGCAUGGAAAGCCUUCAUUUCAUCUGUUUGACUAGAACUCCCACUGUCGAAAACAUUCCUUAUGAUGGAAUAUGUACCUAGCUGUGAUACACAGCAGAAAUGACUCAGCUCAAUGCAGAGUUCUCAUUUCACAUUGCAUCACCUUUAGAAGAGAUGUUCAAAGGCUUCAUGUUAGCCAUCAGAAAGUGGAUAAUAGACAUGACUUCAAAUUCUAUGAGAGAGAAGGCUGUGGCUCACAACUGUCUGCAACUCACAUUCUGGAGAAUCCAAUUACAUUUUACUUCUAGGGAUUCCAAUACAUAAGUGGUGCACAUACAUACACUUGGUACACAUAUACACAAAAAUAAAAGUAAAUAAUUAAUUGCUAAUUAAAGUAUUAGUAGAUAAAGAAAAGAAAAAUUCUUGUAUGUAUACAAUGAAAGAUAAUCAUAUCUAACACUAGCCAUUUUCUUUAACCAGCUCUUCCUUGAUCCUGGUAAGUUUGUGUCCCAAUUUCAAGUCUUAAAAAAAAAAUCACACACAAAGUACAGCUACCAAUACAUGUAUGAAUGUAGGGCCAUCCACUGGAGCAGAAGCCACUAGUAACACUAUUUUAAAUAAGGAUUAUUCUGUCUAAAAUUUUGGGGGGAUCAACAACUUGUCCACCAUCAUGCUAGAAUUUAGUUGGAUUUUGCCAUUAAAGCUGCUAUGAGUUUUAAGUGUAAUAAACAUGCCAUAUCUAAAACAAACUGUGUCCCACCCAUCUCUAUCAUUCUCCAGCAUAUAAAUGUGUAUAUAUAUAUAUAAUAUAUAUAUAUAUAUAUGCAUGUAUGUAUAUGCAUGUACAUAUAUGCAUUCUGUUUCCUCUUCCAUAGUGUUGCUUAAGUUUCACAGGGCUAUUAUAAAGGUGCCCUAUUUAGGGUUGAAUAUUUCUAAUCAUGUAUUCUUAUCAAUAGGACUAGUGAUGAUUAUCUGCACAGACUCCAUCCCACUGUACAAGAGCUUUUCUGAUCAAAGCUGAAAGCAUCACAGGUCCAUUGUUUUAAAUAUAUAGCUUAUUAGACAACCUGACCAUUUAACAAUAUAACAGUGGUAAGUUCUACCAGUGAGUCUCCACAGCCAUGAGAUUAGACCAUAUUUUAAAUACUAGAAAUGUAUUAAAUACCAGUCAUGCAGCAGGCCUCAAAUCCAAUCGGAAAAUAAUUCAUCAUCCCAUAAGCCCUAUGUCUCUAUUCAACAGUGGGUAUAUCUUGCCUGGGGGGCUGGUAAUGUAUCCUCAGGGUUCAGUGCUAAGUAAGACAAUUGUGGUGUCUUUUCUCUCCAGCAGCCUGCAAUAGCAACUUGUGACCUUAUGAAAGCUAGGCAGCAGGGAAAGGAGUUCCUGGUAGGUGUGAGAUUGAUUUCCCUGGGUCCUACAGACAAAGUAUUUACACUCAGCUUCUUGGGAGAUAAAAAUAAAACAAACAACAGAAGCCAGAGCUAUAAACAUAAAAUAUAAGUUCUUUUAAAUAACUAUGUAAUUUUGGUACUCUCAAAGCUAAAUUUUGAUAUUGAUUAUCUUUGAAGAUUUUAAGUACAGGUUUUCUUUGAAGAUGUUAAGUACAGGCUUAGAAACAUAAAGUCAUAUUUCAGAGCAUUUGGCUACAUAAGAGUCUGAAAGAUCAUGACCUACAUAUUCAGCAUAUGAAGGCUCAGAAAUGAAUGUGAUUAUUCCUUAACCAUCAUCCAAUAAUAAAGUUAUAUUCACUGUCAUAUAUUUUAACAAUGAAAAUAAUAAGAAUUUUUCUCAUGGGCUAUGACUACUUAUCACUGAAGUGGCAUAAUUAUUGGUUAAAUAUACAUACCAAUAUGUAAGAAAUAUUGUCUAUUUAGAAACAUGAAAUUAAAGUCAAAUUCAUCCUUCCUUCUCUCUUUUCUCUUGAAGUAUGAUCUUUCUGUGCCUUGAUGUUCUGCUAUCUAAAAUGAAUCUAAUAAUAUUAAUCUCACUGGAUGUUUUUCAGCAUUAAAUGACAUUAUAAGCUUAAUAUAUAUGCAUCACUUUUUUAUUUUCAUAAAAUAUCCUAAUUCAACACAGGACAAGAAAUUAUUAUCCGGGGUAAGUGGUAUUCCCAAUGGUGCUCAGCCUGUUAUUGAUAUACUUAGGCAUCUAAUUUAGGCUUUUAACGUACUUUCCAGUACUGACUCUGAAACUAACCCUGGUGGAUCCAUGUGAAAAAAAUAUUAUUCUAAGUCAUAAGUGGAACUAUCUUGUCACAACCGUGUACAUCACAAUAGAAGAAGCAGGUAGCUUAUAGAUCUCUAUGGAAACAGAGCAAGUGGAAUGAAGUCUGUAUAGGGGGCACCUCUACAUGGAAGACAAUAACACAGCUCCUUCACUACUGUGGUUCUUGCUGAAGUUGGGGAUCACAGUUCAGCAGUUUGCCUUAUUAGAGUAGACCCUUUGUAAUCUAAAUAAGGCUCUGAUUUUCUCCAGCCAAGGAGGACCACAAAUCAUCCUUUUAACAGUGUUUGCAGGCAAUAGCUGAAAAUGAAGGGCCAGUUUAGCCCUUGGAAUUGUCUCAGCAUAAGCAAACAAUCGAAUAGAGUGGUUGGUAGAAUGUAUUCAUAAUCUAUGAACUAUCUAACACUGCUCUUUGGAACUUGGUGGGAGUGUUCCAACCAUUGUCUGUAUUAGAGUAAGAUAAGUUAUGCUGGGCUAAUACUUCAAUAACUUCCCAUUACACAUCUUAUUUUUGCUGAUGCUAAGGGUCCAGCUUAGGGGCUUGCAGUUUUGUGUCCUUGCCAUGUGAAAUGUGUAGCUUGCAGUUGUCCUACCUAUUCCUGAGCUUAAAUUGACAUGCCUCAUUUUCUUUCUCUGAUAUUUUAUUAACUAGCACUAUCUCCAGAAUUCUGGAGUCAUAGAGAAGGCUACAAAAUAUGUUCUAGUGUCUUUGGGAAGACUACAUUGGAUUUUAUGAACACAUGGCAUAGUCUUCUUCUACAAAUGAGAUGAGGAUAUUUAUUAAACUGAUGAAUCUAGGAAGGACUGUCAAUCUUCUAUCACUCCGUAUCAUAAAAUAAACAAACAAAAGACUUUAAUGUUCACAUCAAACCUCAGUGUGCCAAGAUAUCAAGAUGAAACGCCACACAGAAAAGAAUAAAGCUUGCAUUUAAAUGCUCCAUAAAUGAAGGUGUUGACAGACUGUGUCAUAGUAAUUAUAGCUUCUGUAAACUUGGUUGAAAAAAAGUUGUAAGUUGCCAUAUUUGGUUACUUCCUCUUUAGUGGCUUAGGUAAGUACUCUAAGAAUGUGAUGGUUAAACUGUCUGCAAAUGAGCCGUUUCAUUUUCGAAAUUCAGGGAGCCUCAGAAGAAUUGAAGGCAUUUAGAACACAGCAGAGCAUGUAACAUGGUCAUUAGGAAGCAUCAUUGAUCCAUUUAUCUGAGGACUUAAACAGGGAAUUGCUCAGAUGAAGAAGGAGACCAGUACCCAUGUGGGUGUUAUGAAGUCUGUGACUACUCUCCUUAUGUUUUCUCUCUUUCUGAUUGGGUUCUAUUGCCAUUAAGUAUUUGAACUUUUAUACAGAUUUUUCUAAUGUAUACAGUAUCAUUUGGUAAUAAUUUAAAGUUCUUCUUUGUUUGGCAAAGAUUAAUAUUUCAGAGUCUUAAGACAUGAGAACAGGCUGUAGUGUUGAACAAAGAAGGACUUUGUUUCUUGGUGUCUUGAGGAAACUGCUCACCAUCCAAAACUCUUCUAAGAAUAGUUCACAUAGUUUCACUCUAAAUAUUCGAAACAUUUCAAAAUUUGAAACUGUAGAGAAGGACUUUCUGAAAAGUUUGUAUAGAUAGAAAGGUGGAAGUUUGCAAACGAUAUCUGCCAGCAGAUCAUGAACUGUACCUCUCUGUACCUGGAUAAUGUUUUUUGAAUACUUCAUAAAUAUAUGCUAAAAAAAACAAUUUUAAACUGUGUGUAGUGUAGUGUAGUGCAGUGUAGUGUAGUGUAGUGCAAUUCCAACACUAGACCAUUGUGUCACAGUUAAGUUCUAGGCCAGCCUGGGAUAAAUCGUGAAAUCACCCACUCUAAAACAGGAUUAAAAUAACCCCUGAAUUUCAUUUUUUAACUCAUUGAUUUAUUUUAAAUUGUGGUAGCUGUGUAUCAGGCUUAUCUUGUUUUAGAUCCAGGGACAAGUGGUUUUGAGACAGAAGUGAACUUAAUCUUUGAGAACAAUUGUAGCUAUCUCUGGUGUGCCACAGACAACCAAUCCUCUCCCAAAUGAUUUAGAUAUUUGAUCUUGUGAAGAAUAACUGCCCGGAGGACAUUCAUAAUUCCUGAACAGGAGUCAGUGAAAAUUCAGUAAUGAUUUGAUGAAAAAUUCAGUAUGAAUUGUACAUAGGAAAUGAAAGGGAAAAAUAAAUACUAAUAUCAUGGAUAGUAUUCUUCCUCCUUCAAGUGUAAACCUUGAAAUUCAUUGCCAAAUGCUGGAACUGAAUUAUUUGUUUAAAGGAAAAGAUAAAGAAAUCUUUUAGCAUUUCUAGUUCUUGGCUUUCAUAUUGUUUCAUAUUGAUUAUGAGAUACUGAGAAAAUAACAAUAAAAACAUAAAAUUAGAAAAGUAAAUAGAAUUGCUAACUUAAAUAGCCAAAGAACACAAUAAUAGUCUUAGUGUUUAUUAUUUUCCUAUGAUCAGUCCCCUAAUGUAGUCACUUGGUUUUAGGCAAAUUGCAUUAAAUGAUGUCUAAGAAGAUCCCGAGGACAAUCAAGCCCUAUUUUCCUAAUUCUAAGCACCAAAAUAAAAGGAAAAAGAUUGUAAAAUCUUCUUGGUACUCACUAGAGUAAAUGUUGUGUGGAUUUCAGAAUUUAGGAAACAAAGGUAGACAGUCAUUCCCAUUGUAAGCUUUAUAUUGUAUACAAAAUUACUUUGGAGUCAGGAUGUAUGCUUUGGGAUAACAUUUACUGUAGUGAAUGUGCAUUUCAAUAGCACAUGUUUGCUCUCAAAUUCUCAGUCUCUUCAUGUAAAGUGGAAAUAAUAUCUACCUCAUUGAAUUGUUGUAAGGGUAAAAUUAUACAAUAAAUGUGAACUUCUAAAAUCUGUAA